CUUCAACAUCCACGGUUUCGCAGUUGAAGGGUGUUGUUAAUGACUGAUGUCUUCGUGUAUGGUUUGCAAAAAGAAGCGCCGAGGAGGACCACGAUUCGACCGUUACAAAACUGGUGCCAUUUGAAGUAUUUGGUUGGCAGCGGCCAGUUCCUUUUUCUGUACAUGUCAACUGUCAUCAUGUCGGACAAAACCAGCAAAAAAGACUCGCCGGAGGAAAAGCCCCAAACUGAUGGAAGCAUGGAACCAAACACCCAAACAAAAAGUUCGAAGAAACGCAACAAAAAGAAACACCCAGAAGCCAAACAAGAGAACGAACAGGAAUCGGAGCUUUUGUCAAACUUCACCAAACCGCUAAACACCAUCUCGAUUCAGGGCUUACGAGCAGCAAUGGAAGCCUUAACCAUGAACCAGAAACCUGCCAAAACGCCCGAAGAAGCCCUCAACAAGUCCUACCAGUUCUGGAACACCCAACCUGUGCCUAAAAUGGAUGAGAAAAUCACCGUGAACGAGGCCAUCGAGCCCGACCGCGAGGUCUCGGAGAUCCGAGCGGAGCCCUACAGCCUCCCCGACGGCUUCCAUUGGGACACUUUAAACCUGAACGAACCUCUAGUCCUCAAAGAGCUCUACACCCUCCUCAACGAGAACUACGUGGAGGACGACGACUGCAUGUUCCGGUUCGACUACCAGCCGGAGUUCUUGAAGUGGGCGCUGCAGCCCCCGGGCUGGCGGAAGGAGUGGCACUGCGGCGUGCGCGUGCUGAAGAGCGGCCGGCUGGUGGGGUUCAUCUCCGCCAUCCCGGCCACGUUGAAGAUAUACGAGAAGACGCAGAAAAUGGUGGAGAUUAAUUUUCUGUGCGUGCACAAAAAGCUGCGGUCGAAGCGGGUGGCCCCGGUGCUGAUCCGGGAGAUCACGAGACGGGUGCAUCUGACGGGGCUGUUCCAGGCGGUGUACACGGCGGGGAUCGUGCUGCCGAAGCCGGUGGGGACGUGUCGGUACUGGCACAGGUCCCUGAAUCCCAAGAAGUUGAUCGAGGUGAAGUUUUCACACCUCUCGAGGAACAUGACGAUGCAGCGGACUUUGAAGCUGUACAAGUUGCCGGACAGUCCGAGGACGGGGGGCUUCCGGAAGUUGACGGAGGGGGACGUGGCGCAGGCGCACAAAUUGUUAACAGAGUAUUUGAGAAAGUUCGACUUGUCCCCGGUCUUCACCGAAGAAGACUUCGUCCACUGGUUCCUCCCCCGUCCCGACAUCGUUGACAGUUUCGUCGUGGAGAGAGAGGGCAAAAUAAUCGACUUUGUGAGUUACUACACCCUUCCGUCGACCGUGAUGCACCACCCGGUCCACAAGACUCUGAAAGCCGCUUACUCGUUCUACAACGUGUCGACCGACACCCCGUGGAUCGACCUGAUGAACGACGCGCUCAUUUCGGCCAAGCAGCUGAACUUCGAUGUGUUCAACGCGCUAGAUCUGAUGGACAAUCGCGAAUUUCUAGAAACGUUAAAGUUCGGUAUCGGUGACGGCAAUUUGCAAUAUUAUUUGUACAAUUGGAAGUGUCCGAGUAUGUCUCCACACAAAAUGGGUCUAGUCUUGCAAUAAAUCUAAGUUAUAAUAUAUCUUUUAGGUUUUAUUAUUAUAUUCAAAUUCUGAGAAUUUUAGCUAAGAGAAACUUAAGUGGGUUAUUUAAUGCACUGUCGAUUUUACAAAAGUAUCGAUCUUGUUUAUUUUGUAACUUUUUUCUUUUUGUUGAAUAAAAAUGUACAAGCUCAGUGACGUUUUUAAUGGGUACUGUUAAAGGUGAUGUUCAGAUAGGCACCAAGUCCCAACAUAUGCUUUAAAAAUAUACAUUUUUGAAAGUUGA